UUGUCAGCUGCAAGUUUAUCUGAACGCAAGAAUCCGUUGAGAAUGCCCCAAGUCCCUAUGCUCAGCAUCACAUUGCAAAGGAACCGAUAUUCAAUUGACCGCUAUGCCAUCUGAUACGCUGAUGGAGAUCAAAGCCCCUAAAGCCUGCCGGCACUGCCAUCUCCACAAGCGCAAAUGUGAUAAGCGGUUGCCCAGUUGCUCACGAUGCGCCUUAAAACUCUACAGAUGCAAAUAUGACGACGACAGGCCGCCGCUUGAAGCAGAGCCAGUCACUAAGCUCAGGUGGAGCCAACCGCUGGCCAUCCAACGAGAUUCCUGCGGUCUUGAGCUCACUCCAGUAGGAGAAAGGCAACUUUUAUGGGCUGCUUGCCAAAGCCAGGAGCAAUAUCCCAAACAAACUGACGCAAAGUCUUUGAUGAACUUGACAGAGGACAUCUUCGCCUAUGGUGGUACUUCCGCGCAACAGGUCUGGGACAAGUACUUUGCUACGGCGUACUCUUGGCUGCCCAUCCUUGAGGAGUCAAACAUCAAUUUCAACGUUCUGGUCAUGCAAGAAUCCGACAUCCACAAGGAUAUUUUUGCACUACUAUUAUUAUGCAUGUACUUGCUGAAUCAAGCCCCUUGCUACCAUCCCAAUCACACAUCCAAUAGCUCGCUUCACAAGGCGACGAGGCGGGUCUUUUCUCUGGUUGAGGCAUCUGGUGAUGUCUUCUCACACGCCACAAAAUUGCAAGCCGGCCUGCUGCUAACUGCCUAUGAAUGCGGACAUGGCAUGACAAGAGAGGCCACAUCCACGUUGGGCGCAUGUUUUGGCAUCAUCAGGCAGCUGGAACAUCGCCGAGAAGAUGUCCUUGUCCCUGUUUUAAAGAGAUGCUGGGCGGGUAUAGUCUCUCUCGAUUGUUCCAUCGUGCUUUCUUGUGCUGAUAGCUCUGCCACUCUCCUCAUCCCGACAAAAGAAAUGUUGCCGCUUGAUGCAAUUUCCUACCUGGAUACAGAAGGACUAUCGCACAUGGAGACAGUACACAGGUUUCGAAUGAGAGCACGCUCAGCUCUACUAGUCGGCGAAGCAAUAAAAGCCGUUUAUGCGGAUCCAGUAUCGGUAGACUGUGUCGAAGCCGAGAAACUUCUCCACGAUCUUGUCCGGAAGCAUACGGCUACAAAGGAGGAGUCAUAUUCUGUGUGCGAAGGCAUUGCUAUGGCCCUGAGCGCCGUUGCAUCCGCUUACAAGAAGAGAGUUCAGCGCAUUGGGUCUACCGCCGACGCGAAGCUCACUAUCGACAUUAAAUUCGCCUACAACAUAGCUUUUGAAAUGUGUCGUGUUGAGGGCAGCAUAAUGAGGAGGCGAGAAAAGAGCCUCAAGAGACUGUGCUUCGCUGGACUGGGCUGCCUAUACCGUGCGGCAGUAGACCUGGAUGAGAUGUGCCCCGAGGGUGCGUUGCCCGAAGAUGCUAAUCAGCUACGGGAAAAUCUCGAGUGGUUUUCAGGCCGUUGGAAAGUCGCAGAGGUUUUGUUGAAGCGCCUUUCUCAAAAUGCCUUGCUUCGAUCCAAGCAAGCUUUCUCUUCGAGAAGUUUUUAGUCACUACCCAAGAUUUAUAAAUAAUCACAAACUCGGGGUUUUGCCAUAGUGUCAUGUUGCGUCCAGGCCGCAAGCCCCGUGUUAAUGGAUG